AUGAGAUUCCAGGUUCUCCUCGCUGGCGCUGCCGCCGUCGCCAUCAGCGUCGCCGCCGGCCCCAACCUCAACCCCCACAAGAUCCGCCAGGACCUCACCAAGAAAGAGCAGGUCAAUCAGAUCAACCCAGAGAAUGAGGCUCCCGUCCUCAAAGCUCGCGAAUGUGACAUUGUCUGCCCCGCCAACAAGCUCUGGUGCGAGUACCGCCCUUACAAAUACCGAUGCGACCGCUCGGGCAAGCUUCGCUACGACCAGCGCAACCUUGACUGUGAGAAUGUCUCCUGGGGCUGCACUUGCGCCUGCGACUGGCGCGUGCCCGGCACCGAGUCUGUUGAUGAUGAUAACGUGGAGGAGGCUUAA